UGCGCUUUGAUUGGGCCGCUGUCAGGUGUCGCUGCCGGCAGGUUCGGCUGCGCGAGCGCAGGGAGGCGGGAAUCACCAGUGGCCCUCCAUGAAGAACUGCCUUUCCCAUUUGCUGCUGGAGUUAAUGAUUUUUCUUGCUGGUAGAAUCAGGGACAUGCCGGCACGGGCGGGAUGAGCGGGUGCUCCGGCGGGGAUGUGGUCACUGCCGGCCAGUGAGGGCGAGAGUGCCACAGCCCACUUCUUCCUCGGAGCUGGAGAUGAGGGGCUGGGCCCCCGUGGACUCGGCAUGAGGCCAGAAGAGAGUGACAGCGAGCUCCUCGAGGAUGAGGAGGAUGAAGUGCCUCCUGAACCUCAGAUCAUUGUUGGCAUCUGUGCCAUGACCAAGAAAUCCAAGUCCAAGCCAAUGACCCAGAUCCUAGAGCGACUCUGCAGGUUUGACUACCUGACUGUUAUCAUCCUGGGAGAAGACGUGAUCCUCAAUGAACCUGUGGAAAACUGGCCAUCCUGCCAUUGCCUCAUCUCCUUCCACUCCAAAGGCUUUCCCCUGGACAAAGCUGUUGCUUACUCCAAGCUUCGAAACCCUUUUCUUAUCAAUGACCUGGCUAUGCAGUAUUACAUCCAGGAUAGGAGAGAGGUGUACCGGAUCCUGCAGGAGGAAGGUAUUGACCUGCCUCGAUACGCUGUGCUCAACCGUGACCCUGCCCGGCCUGAGGAGUGCAACCUGAUAGAGGGUGAAGACCAGGUGGAGGUAAAUGGAGCCAUCUUUCCCAAGCCCUUUGUGGAGAAGCCCGUGAGUGCAGAGGACCACAACGUUUACAUCUACUACCCCAGCUCAGCUGGUGGAGGGAGCCAGCGCCUCUUCCGUAAGAUUGGCAGCCGAAGCAGUGUUUACUCUCCAGAGAGCAGCGUCCGAAAGACAGGCUCAUACAUCUAUGAGGAGUUUAUGCCAACAGAUGGCACAGAUGUCAAGGUGUAUACAGUGGGGCCAGACUAUGCCCAUGCUGAAGCCAGAAAAUCUCCAGCUUUGGAUGGGAAGGUUGAACGAGACAGUGAGGGGAAAGAGAUUCGAUAUCCAGUCAUGCUGACCGCCAUGGAAAAGCUGGUGGCCAGGAAAGUCUGCGUAGCUUUUAAGCAAACAGUUUGUGGUUUUGAUCUCCUCCGUGCCAAUGGUCACUCCUUUGUGUGUGAUGUCAAUGGCUUCAGUUUUGUCAAGAAUUCAAUGAAAUACUAUGAUGACUGUGCCAAGAUUCUAGGAAACACCAUAAUGCGGGAGCUUGCCCCACAGUUCCAGAUCCCGUGGUCCAUCCCCAUGGAGGCUGAGGACAUUCCCAUUGUCCCUACCACUUCCGGCACUAUGAUGGAACUUCGUUGUGUCAUUGCAAUCAUUCGUCACGGGGAUCGUACACCCAAGCAGAAGAUGAAGAUGGAGGUGACACACCCAAGAUUUUUUAGUCUAUUCGAAAAACAUGGUGGCUACAAGACAGGGAAAUUAAAACUGAAGCGGCCAGAGCAGCUACAGGAGGUGCUGGACAUCACACGGCUGCUAUUGGCUGAACUGGAGAAAGAACCCGGUGGUGAGAUCGAGGAGAAGACAGGGAAAUUGGAGCAGUUAAAAUCCGUGCUGGAGAUGUACGGUCACUUCUCAGGCAUCAACCGGAAGGUGCAGCUGACUUACUACCCUCAUGGAGUAAAAGCUUCUAAUGAGGGGCAAGAUACGCAGCGGGAGGCUCUGGCCCCAUCCCUCUUGCUGGUACUGAAAUGGGGUGGAGAACUGACCCCGGCUGGCCGUGUUCAGGCUGAGGAGCUGGGUCGAGCUUUCCGCUGCAUGUACCCUGGAGGACAGGGUGACUAUGCUGGCUUUCCCGGCUGUGGGCUGCUUCGUCUCCAUAGCACUUUCCGCCAUGAUCUCAAGAUUUACGCCUCUGAUGAGGGCCGAGUCCAGAUGACUGCCGCAGCCUUUGCCAAGGGCCUUCUGGCUCUAGAAGGGGAGUUGACACCCAUUCUGGUACAAAUGGUGAAGAGUGCCAACAUGAACGGGCUCUUGGACAGCGAUGGGGAUUCCCUGAGCAGCUGCCAGCACCGUGUGAAGGCUCGGCUACAUCACAUUCUGCAGCAGGACGCGCCCUUUGGCCCUGAGGAUUACGAUCAGCUGGCUCCCACUGGAAGCACUUCCCUGCUCAGCUCCAUGGCUGUUAUCCAGAAUCCUGUGAAGGUCUGUGAUCAGGUAUUUGACCUGAUUGAAAACCUCACUCACCAGAUCCGGGAACGGAUGCAGGACCCCAAGUCUGUAGACCUGCAGCUCUACCACAGCGAGACAUUAGAGCUGAUGCUGCAGCGUUGGAGCAAGCUGGAGCGCGACUUCCGGCAGAAGAGUGGGCGCUAUGACAUCAGUAAGAUCCCUGACAUCUACGACUGUGUCAAGUAUGAUGUCCAGCACAAUGGGAGUCUGGGACUUGAAGGCACGGCAGAACUGCUCCGUCUCUCUAAGGCACUGGCUGAUGUAGUUAUUCCCCAGGAAUAUGGCAUCAGUCGGGAGGAGAAACUGGAAAUUGCCGUGGGCUUCUGUCUCCCACUGUUGCGGAAGAUACUACUUGACCUACAGAGAACCCACGAGGAUGAGUCUGUCAACAAGCUGCAUCCCCUGUACUCCCGAGGGGUGCUGUCUCCAGGCCGCCAUGUUCGAACACGUCUCUACUUCACCAGCGAAAGCCACGUGCACUCCCUACUCAGUGUCUUCCGCUAUGGGGGACUUCUGGAUGAAACCAAGGAUACACAGUGGCAGCGAGCUUUGGCUUAUCUCAGUGCCAUCCCAGAGCUCAACUACAUGACGCAGAUUGUCAUCAUGCUCUAUGAGGACAACACCCGGGAUCCCUUGUCGGAGGAGCGGUUCCACGUGGAGUUGCACUUCAGCCCUGGAGUGAAAGGCGUUGAGGAAGAAGGUAGUGCCCCCACUGGCUGUGGAUUCCGUCCAGCCUCUUCUGAGAAUGAGGAGAGGAAAGCAGACCAAGGCAGCGUGGAGGACCUGUGCCCCGGGAACGCAUCAGAUGAGCCAGACCGAGCAUUGCAGACCUCGCCCCUGCCCUCUGAGGGCCCUGGCCUCCCAAAGAAAUCACCCCUCAUUCGUAACCGCAAAGCUGGCUCCAUGGAGGUGCUUUCUGAGACUUCCUCCUCGAGGCCUGGUGGGUACCGACUCUUUUCAUCUUCACGGCCACCGACAGAGAUGAAGCAGAGCGGCCUAGGCUCACAGUGCACGGGGCUGUUCAGCACCACAGUGCUGGGGGGCUCCUCCAGCGCCCCGAAUCUCCAGGACUACGCCCGCAGCCAAGGCAAAAAGCUACCACCCGCCAGUCUGAAGCACCGAGAUGAGCUCUUGUUUGUCCCGGCCGUAAAACGAUUUUCUGUGUCGUUUGCAAAGCAUCCGACUAACGAGCUGCUGGAUGACCAGCACCCUGUGGUCCGGUUGCUGCGCAGUUUUUCCUCUGACUGCACAGGGGGCCGGCCAGUGUCCUUGGAUGCCACGCUGGCGCAUCACCUGCACCAGUGCUCCUACCACCUGCGCCUCUUCCGGAACUGGCUGCGCUCAGGCCAGGAUGACCCCGAGUGCCUCUACGGAUUUGAAGGGUGCUCCAUGGUGCCUACUAUUUACCCCCUGGAAACACUGCAUAAUGCCCUUUCCUUGCGUCAAGUGAGUGAAUUCUUGAGUAGAGUCUGCCAGCGCCACACUGAGGCCCAAGCACAGGCGUCUGCAGCCCUCUUUGACUCUAUGCACAGCAACCAAGCCUCUGACAGCCCGUUUUCUCCACCUCGCACUCUUCAUUCACCUACCCUACAACUCCAGCAGCGCUCUGAAAAGCCCCCUUGGUACAGCAGUGGCCCUUCCAGCACUGUUUCCAGUGCUGGUCCUUCUUCCCCUACUGCAGUGGAUGGUAACUGCCCUUUCGGCUUCAGUGAUCAGCCCUCCCUAAGCUCACACAUGACUGAAGGAUAUCAAGACCUCAGGCUGCUCCAGGAGGCCCCUGGGAGUGGCGCACAAGAGCCGCCUUUAGAAGGGCAGCAAGAGCCUUUUGAACAAAACCAGUCCCCACAGGAACCACCUGUAGAAACCAACCAGCCAUGCCAGGAGGUAGCUGAGGAAAUCAGCCAGCCAUGUCAGGAGGCCCCUGACAGCAGCCAGCCAUGCCAGGACAUCCCUGAAGAGGUCAGCCAGCCGUGCCAGCAGCUCUCCGACAUCCGCCAACUAUGCGAGGAGAACCGCGACGAUGUUAACCAGACAUGCCAGGAGGUCCCUCAGAUCAGCCAACCAUGCCAGGAUGCCAGCCAGCUAUACCAGAAAGUCUCCAAAGAAGCUUGCGAACUUUGCCAGGAGAACUCUGAGGAGGUCAACCAGCCAUGCCAGAGGGUCCCUGUAGAGACUGGCAGGCUGGUCCAUGGGUUCCCUGUAGGGGUUGAUGGCCCAGCCCAGGAAGUCCUUGGGGAGGCUGGCAAGCCCACCCAAGAGAUCCCUGAGGAGCUCAGCCAAUCAUGCCAGGAAUUCUCUGUGGACAUUGGCAGGCUGACCCAAGGGGCUUCUGCAAUCAAUUUGUUGUCUCAGGACACACCUGAGGUUGAUAACCCGCCUCUAGAGUUCCCUGGGGAGGUUGCCCUGCAGGCCCAGGAGGUCUCAGAGUGGGUGAAUCAGCAGCAGUCCUAUGUGGUCCCUGAGCUGAUUGGCCAGCUAUCUGGAGAGGAUGUUCCCCAAGUCCAGUGUCCACCUAGCAAUGCAAACCCUCAGAGCCAGUCUCUAGCCCCUGACCAGAACGCCCCCCUUCCACCAGCAACGUGUGAGUCAUCAUUUUCUCAUUAGUGGUGUCACACCAUACCAGCCAUUUGAGCUAGCAACUUGUCCUGUUGCCUAACUCACCUGCCAGCAUUAAGGCCUUGAAUGUCACCAGAGGUGUCUGAGGAAGCAGUCCUUUUGGCAUUGAAGCACAUCUGUGCCAGGGUUGGGCAUGGGGAGGAGCCAAUUUCAUGUUCAAAGCAGCCAUUGACUUCUCACCCAGCCAUCAGACUUGAAUACGAUUUCCUUCAAGGGUUAGACGGGUCUAUCAUUACCUAACAUUCUCUGAUCAUCCCAGGAAAUCCAAGACUGGUAAAGGAAAUACCACUUAACUGCUGAAGACACCAUCUAUGGGUGCAAAAGGGACUCCAAGUUCUCCACUUUUCUGGGAAGUAUUCACAACUUUUCAAGGUACCCUUAGACCAUAUGUGCACUUGGGGGACACUUGUCUUUGUUAGCAUCCUCAGGUGGGCCCAGGAUGGCUGUCUGAAAUGUCUGGGAAAAGAGAGCUCCUUUCCCCAACAAACAUCCAUCAUGACCACUAAUUUUUAGAUUGGGCUUACGGGUGUUUCCUUAUCAUCCCCAACCGCCCUCUCGGCCCUAGUCCUGUUCCUCUGGGCAGUAGCUCUAGGGAAAAACAGGUAUUAGAUUGCUGUGAAAAUUUCAGAGUAAACUACUUAAAAUGCUGUGGGAUUCUUGGCUAAUCUGUAAAGCUGGGCCUCCUUUUGUUGAGAAGCUGUAUGGCUUAGGAGAUGUUGUAGUAGAGAAAAAUCAGGUUCUAUUUUAAGCAAUCAGCAGAGAUCAAUAUUGUACAGACAUGAGCAAAGAUUAUAUAUAUAUAUAUUUCUGUAGUCACGCCAGGGACAGACUGGCCAAAGACCAAAUACUCCAGGGUCCCCAAGAGAUUUGUCCUUAUAUUAUUAUGUCUUUAGGGCCAGAUGUGAUUAUGAAGCUUUUCCCAAAGACCUGGGGUUGGGAAUGGAGAUGAGUAGGAGAGGUUGGAGGGGAGGGCUGGAACAUUAUGAGUGCUCAAUAAAUAAGAAAUAAUAAGAA